GCUUGGACGCGCUUUCAGUCGCGUUCCGCGCGUCGUACGAGCGAGUGUGUCUUUACUCGCCCUCUCUUCGUAGGAUCAUUUCACCCUGUACCCAUCCGUUUGUCCGAACAAUACGUGACGAAAUGCAAGUUUGAGACCAAAAAGACUAAAGAACGAAAUAAACACAUGAAACGAGCUGCGUGAUUCGAUCGUUAGCAAAAUAUCCUUCGGAACAGCAUUGAAAAUUAUUGAUAUUAAAAAAACAGAAACAAAAAGAAAAUACGUCAAUGCUCGGAUCCGUCGAUCGAGAUCACUGAAGGAAGCGAUUUGAUAUUGCUAAUCAUUCGUUUCGUGUACAUGUGCUGCGAAACAGAUCGAGAUCGACAGACAGUGUUUUUUGCAUUUAGUGGAGAAACAGGUCUUUCUCAGGUACAAUUCACAUUCUCUCUCACGGACAUAGUUGCGAUGGCAUCUCCAAUGACUCGUAUUGAGACGUAUGUAAUGCUUGCCAAUUUUUCGUGGGCACCCUCGCUAAGGCAAAUAAAGUUCGAGCUCACUUGGACGGCCACUGGAUGCAUCCUUCAUGGAGAAAGAAACGAACUGUUCUCUUUCAGAACUUAAGGACUCGAUACUAGUGAACGCAGUCGUAAAUAAGUGAUGCUAAAUUUCGUGCUGUCCGAGAAACCAUAACUCUCUUCGAACUGGUACGCGCAUUAUGUGCAGCGAUGGUAUUCGCGCGGGACACACGUGCAUUUCUUUCUGUUUCGAACAUGCUCGGACUGAAUCGUUCAAUUAUUUCUUCAAAUAUUCCUAGCCCAACGAGUGAGUCGUGGAAGAUCAGAAACGGGACCUCGCGGACCUUCCUGUAUUUUCCUAAGUGUUUGGUGUCCCAAGAUACGUAAUUAACGGAAGUCCACUUCAAGUCAUUGCGAGAGCGUCUCCUCAAGCACGAGGUCGGCCAACAUUUAGCCGACGACAAUGAUCUUUCUACGGGAAGCUCGCGGAGCAAAAACCUGAACGGUAUCCAUGAGGACACUGUCGAUCGGAACAACCAUGUCCGCGAACGAAGUGUGGAUCGACAACUGGAAUCUGACGGCCGGUUUCGAUCUGGAACGUGUCGGAGAAUUGGGGAAUGUCACCGACGAGCUCUAUCCCUUGCCGGAUUACAUCAACAUCACAUCGCUGCCUGACGUCAAUACGACGGAGCAGAUUGACUCGUUUUACUUCUACGAGACGGAGCAAUUUGCGGUACUAUGGCUACAGUUUGCAGUGAUAGUCGCUGGUAAUACCGCAGUCCUCGCCGGACUUCUGCUGGGAAAACGUAGAAAAUCUCGUAUGAAUUUCUUCAUCAUGCAACUGGCAUUCGCCGAUCUACUGGUCGGCCUAAUAUCCGUGCUAACGGACAUAAUCUGGAAAACCUCCGUUGUGUGGUACGCGGGCAACAUAGCUUGCAAACUGAUAAGGUUUAUGCAGGCCGUAGUAACCUACAGCUCGACCUACGUCCUAGUGGCUCUAUCAAUUGACAGAUACGAUGCCAUUACUCGACCGAUGAACUUCUCCGGCAGCUGGUGGAGAGCUCGAGCGUUGGUGAUUACGGCUUGGGCGUUGUCAGCAUUAUUCAGUUUGCCGAUCAUAUUCCUGUACGAAGAGAGACGAAUACAGGAUACGAUGCAGUGCUGGAUCGAUUUAACCCCGACUCAAUGGAAGAUCUACAUGAGCCUGGUAAGUUUCAGUCUCUUUAUAGCGCCCACCGUGAUAAUAGGAGGCUGUUACACGGUCAUCGUGGUCACAAUAUGGUCGCAAGGAUCAGCAUUACGUCAAGGGCCUACCAGAGAUACUCGGAGAGCGUCUUCGAGGGGUCUUAUUCCCAAGGCGAAAAUCAAGACAGUCAAAAUGACCUUCGUCAUAGUAUUCGUAUUUAUUCUUUGCUGGAGUCCAUAUAUAGUCUUCGAUCUCCUUCAAGUUUAUGGGCAUGUGCCAAAGACUCAGACGAAUAUCGCAGUCGCCACCUUCAUACAAAGUCUGUCAUCGCUCAAUUCUGCCGCUAAUCCAAUCAUCUAUUGCCUCUUCAGUACCACUUUCUGCAAAACCGUACGGAACAUGCAGGCAACCUCCUGGAUUUCGAGAUGGUGCCCGUCGAAUUCGCAUCACUGCUUCGGUACGGGGGCGACGAAUAACAGCACGAGGACGACCGUGACAACAUCCUUGACGGCCCAAUCAUCCCGCAGAAGCGGACACUUUACUAUGUUGCACUCCACGUCGCGAAAACGCGUCAUGGUUUCAUUAGUCUAAAGAUCAUAAUUUUCGGAAAAUUUCGCACUGAUUUUAUUGGCAGGUUGAUAUUCUAGAAUUGGUAUUCGGUAGCUUUAACUCGCUUGUACCAGUAGUUGAAUCGUUACAGAGAGGAAAUGCAAGACAAUUUUCUACGAAUAAUUCAGAAAAAUCAGGAUUUGAUUUCCGGGAAGUUUUAUUUGAAAAUGCACAGUGACUAAAUAUAUCAAAGCCAGAUUUGUAACAAAUUUUAUGAAAAGAGGAAUAACAAGCGAUUUCAAGAGCUUUUAAGAGCUUUCUUACCAUUGAAAAAUUUCCGCUUUUGCGAUGUAUGCUUUAACGUAUCCCUUUUAUGCAUUUCUUUUCCGCGAAAACUGAUUUUCAAGGAUUACAGAAAUCUACAUAAGUACUUCCAGUAAUAAGAGACUGUCGACCUGACAACGUAACAAUUAUUUUGAUUGAAAUAAAAUUAAUCCGGUUGAUAGUCCCCAAUUAACGUCUCUUUAACUUGAUAAUCAAAAACAAAAAUUUUAUAUUUCUAUACGUAAAAUAUUGUAUAUUGAUUAUUAUAAACAGAUGAUUUCAUACUACACAGUUUUACGUAACACGAUAGUUUUAUUCCGUUUGUUAUAGCAAAAAUAAAAGAAAAUAUUUGAAAAUAUUUAUGUUACGAUAAAGUUCCCUAAUUUGAUUAGAAGCUAUCAGUGAUCAAAUUUAAUUAACUAAACUUAAAGAUGAAAUAAAAUUAAAAUAGUAAAUAUAGCUAUUAAAUGUCAAAUUUUGAUUUUUAGAGAAUAAUAUACAACAUAAAUACGUAUGGAAAAUGUAUACGGGUAUCUCAGAACUAUUAUUGUCGAUAGUUAUAAAUACUAAAAUAAAAAUAAAAUUAAAAAGAAUAUUUAUCUUAUAACAUAUAACAAUCAAAUUAUUGUUACUUUCAAAAUUAUAAGUGGUUAAAAAUAUAGAAUUCUUUACGAAGGAUUGAAAGUUAUAAAUAAAUAUAAAGUCUUAUAAAUAUAAAGUGUUAUUGAUAUAUUCUCUCUUUCAAGUAGAUGUUACAUCAAUAAAAGAGCGUUCAAAAUUUUAAAAAGUUUUCAAAUAACAUGGAAAAAUCUAAAUUUUAAUGCAAAAUUCGUUAAGAAUUUUUAAAUUUAUUUUAAUAAAAAAUUUUUAGCGAAAAAUUAACUUUAUGCAAGUUACAAAUUAAUCAUAGUUUAAAGGAAAGAUAUUGUUCUGAAAUACCUUGUAUAUAGAAUUAUCGUAUUUUAUUACGUAAUAAGUAAAGAGAGAAGCAGAGAAUGUGCGCGCGCGUGUGUGUGUGUAUGUGUGUGUGAGAGGAGGAAGAGAGAGUAAAAAAAAGAUUUAAUCUUGUAAUAAAUAAAACUUAUAUAAAAGCAAACAAAACAACAAAAGCAGCUGGCUAUACUUUUUCAUAAUAUUAUCUGCGAUGAGUCUCCUAUAACUUCCUCGCACCGUCCAAUAACAAAGGACUGAUAAAGCUAGGUCUUUUUUCGUAAUGUAUAGAUUAAUUCACAAAGUGCGCAACUGUUCUAUCGUGAAUUCGUCAUUGUGUAAUAACUUAAAUAUCAGCUUAAAAGAUACCAAAAUGUUUUCCUUUAUUUGAAAAUGUCAUAAAUAAUACCAACAAUUUAAAUCAAUAUCCUAAAAUGUAUUGUAUAUAAUGGUAGCAUACUACUUGACUGUUCUUUCCAAUCUCAUAUACGUAAACUGUAUUUGAGAAGUUCGUAAAUUUAAAAAGCCUUUUUCAGGAACAAGAGUAAAAGUUUUAAGAGAAAGACCAAAAUCUGUAGUUACACGUAUUUCCAAGAUAAAUUGAAUAAAUAAGUAUAAAUAAUUAUAAAACAAGUUAAAAGUUACAUGUUAAACGAGUUAAAUAACGAUGUUUAACGAAAUAGUUCCCAAAAGUAGAAGAUAUCUAAAUUUUAAAGUUCGUUAAAAAUUUUCAGAUUUAUAAAUAAAUUAUUCAUUUGGAGCUAUUUUUUUACCGUAAUAUAAAAUUGUAUUGCAUUCUUAUAAUCGUAUUAGCAAGCUUGGAUCUAACUGUAACUCAGAGCUUAUUUUCUUUAUUACGACGUGAAAGAAUGUUAAAAUAGUUCAUCACUAUUUUUAACUGUCCUGUUCUAUUUUUUUCACAGAAAGUAGUCUUAGAAAGUGCACAAGUCAAAAUAAUAAUAAGAUAAUAUGUAAUCUAAAAUGAUUAUAUAAGCGCGUCAAUAGUGUCAUAACCAUUGAUAUCAGUAUUAUAAAAAAAAACAUUUAAAUUGCGAUAAUAAUGUAUGUGUUUCCUGUCACUUGUGUAAUUUAUUAAUCAGAUUAGAUAGACUUAUUUUUCAGGCUCGAUCGAUUGUUAAAGAUACUUUUUAUUCUGCCAUUUUCUACUUGCAUCUCAUUUAUUAUCAGAAAUAUGUGAUUAUUCUUAUAGUUUCUCAUUUCUUAUAUAUUAUUUUAAGAUUGCUUAAAUUUUUUAUUAAUCUGCAUUUUGGAAUAUUCUAUAUGUAUAAACAAAAAGACAAUACAUUUUAGUUAAAAAAAAAAUCAAUUAAAAAUUUUCAAACAUCUCUCUAUAGAUACGCGUUCUAAAUCGCGUGUAUUUUUUUCACCGGUAGUAAAUACAUUUUUUCAAAUAUUUUUUAGAAAAAAAAUUCUUUUAGAAGACAUAUUUUUCAGGGUAAAAAGUAUUUAACCAACCAUCGAACAGCCUAUGUGGAAAAUAAUACGCUCAAAGUAUACGUGUACAUACGCAUCUAUGUGUAUAAUAUAAUGUAUCAAGCUGAAACUAUCGCGUGUACAUAUGUAUAUCCCCGUAAUGUAAUACACGCACAAUGGCGUGUAAUAUAUUAAUGUGUAAUACAUUCUUUCGCGAGAGCGCCAUGACUGUUAAAGCGUCACAACGCUCUCCGCAUGAUCUCCUCUCGCGUUUAUGAUUUAUGCGGUGAUCGACGACGCACUUUUCCGGUGAAUUGACCGGAUUUGUACGUCAGUAAAUGGUAGGAUAAAUACUUAUGGUAAAUAAAGAGAAAGGUGCUUAGAUAUAUGUAACAUCUUACAUGAAUCUAAUUAUCGAAGCAUUAACGUCCCUACGAACGUUACGUUCUCGUUAUUAGAUAAUGCAAAUACGAAUGUAAUAUAACUGUUCGAUCGUCAGUGUGUCUUAAUAUUCUCUAUAGGAUGAAUUUCGACAAUUUCAAUCAAAUUUCUGCGCGAAACUGAAAUGUAAAAAAUGAGAAAUUACGUGGCUAUCCUGUUAAGUAUAAACACUUAUAAUUAAAUUAGAGGAACCGAAUGACUACACUCUUUGAUUGCAGUGCCUGAAUAUGUAUGCAAGCGUAGAGUUAUAAGCGAUCUUUUAAUACUUCUACUUUAAUAAUUUGAAUUAAAAUUUGUAAUAUCAAAAAGACAAAAGAAACAUUCUGUUAUUUGCUUACGAUUGAAACAUUAUUUUAUUUUAAGACUGAUUUUUAUAAGCAUCUCUUGCGCCUCCUUAGUUCGCCAAUAAUUUGAUGUGAUUGCAGGUAUUUCUAUUUAAUGUGCAACAACUCUAUUUCAUCUGAACUAUGGCGUACGACUCUAUGCACUUAAUUUGCCGAUCUUGCUGCAUUUCAGAAACUCUCGUUCAUCUUCGCUAAACUUUGACUGUUCGUCGUAUUGCAGAACCAAGAUUUUCAUGCUAAUGCGCGAAUUAUACGUACAACGAGUACAACGAUGUAUAUGUAAUGUACCUUUUAAACAAAUGUGUCAACUGGUAUGUACUUGCAAUUCUAUUAUCAAUCACAUUGUGUAAAGAUGGAGAAAGACAUAAAUUAUUAUGACAUGAAUUAUUACGCGAUGUGACAUUGUUCGUGUACACAUCGAUAAUGGGUACUGUUUGUAGAUAAAAGUGAAUAAAGCUAUAAAUUAUUUAACGCAA